UGCCAUAUUUUACUGACGUUUUAGUGUAGCGAACAUUUUUAAAACUUCAGUGUCAACAUUUAGACAGAAAUUGCACCUUAAACAUAGCAUAACAUACUGGAAAACCAUCACAAGGAUAACAUAUAAAUUACAUAUUUAAUGCCACAUUGUUUACGUACUUCCAUAUGUGUUGCACUGCAUGUGCCCUCUGACUUUCCGUACUGCGGCUCUCCACCAUCACCCCAGUGUUUUCUGGUUCGUACGGUGGGGUAAAUAUGUCAAGAACGGGUGGAGGAAUGAGAGGGUUUUACUUCAAUACGGUUCUCUCUCUAGCCCGGUCUUUGGCAGCCCACAGACCUGCACCAUUUGAAAAGGUCCAAAAGCUGCAGUGUAUGUGCCCUGUGGAGGUGAGGGGUGUGUUCACUCUAGAUGUGCGUCGAAGGGACGCAGUCAUAGCUCUUGCCGUGUUCCUUGUGGAGUCUGACUUACAGCACAAAGAAAUGGUUGUUCCUUACUUGUUGAUUCUGCUGAGAGGAUUGCCCCGGUUCCAAUGGAUCGAGGAGAGCUCGGGAAAGAAGGGCAAGGAGGCUCUGCCCAUUGCAGAGAACUUCAGUUUCUGCCUGGUGACCCUGCUGGCUGAUGUGGCCCAGAGUGACCCAGACUCCCGACCCCAGAUUCUAAAGGCUGUUAUGGAGGUGAUGCAGGUGCUUCUGGAGAUGUGCCAGAACACGGAGAACCACGAUAAAGUCUAUCUGUGCAGGUACAUUGUUCCUUGCCUUCUUGGGGUGACCCGGGCUUUUGGUCGCUACAGCAAUACAGAGGAGGCCCUGCUGUCCAAACUGUUCCCUCGUGCAGCUCAGCCAACUCCUUAUGUCAAAAAUGAACCGGAUGGCAUUCGGCGGCGGUCCUUUAAUGACUUCCGCUCCAUCAUGCCCAGUUCCCUGCUCACUGUUUGUCAGGGAGACACUCUCCGCAGACGCAGUCCCACAGACACCGCACAGGUCAGUCCUGACCCAGGAGGCCACUCCCCCUGCUCCCCUACUGGCCCUGGCCUACACUACUUUGAAGGUUCUUAUCUCGCCGAUGGAAGUUCAGUGGAUCCGGACUACUUUUUCACAACCAUUAGCUCCAGCUUCUCUGUGUCUCCUCUCUUCAUUGGGGAGGGCGACAGUGAGGUGGAUGUGCCUGUGGAUCUCCUUAGACAGCUUCUCAGCAUGGUGAAAACCUUUGUGUCAGACUCCUUCCUGAAAAUGCUGGAUGCCACCAUGGUGGAAGUCAUAGAGGCUAAUCCGAGUAUGAAUCUAUACUACAAAACUUUCAGCGAUCCUCUCUACGUCUGCAUGUUUAAAAUGCUGAGGGACACCCUGUACUACAUGAAAGCCCUCCACCCAGGAUUUGUCAGAGAAGUGCAUGACUUUGUUCUGGAGCAGUUUAGCAGCAGCCAGUCGGAGCUGCAGAGGGUGCUCCACGAUGCAGAGGGCCUACCAGGGGAGGCCAACCCCCUCAAGCUCCGUUGCCAGGCCAACGCGGCCUGCGUGGACCUAAUGGUGUGGGCUGUCAAAGACGAACAAGGAGCUGAGAACCUGUGCACCAAACUGUCAGAGAAGCUGCAGUCUAAGACGUCCAGUAAAGUCAUAAUCGCACACAUGCCCCUGCUCAUCUGCUGUUUACAGGGUCUAGGACGGUUGUGUGAGCGGUUUCCAGUUGUUGCCCACUCAACCACCACAUCCCUCAGAGACUUCCUGGUCGUGCCCUCGCCAGUUCUCGUCAAGCUCUACAAAUACCACAGUCAGUACAACACAGCGGCAGCAGAGAUCAGAAUCAACGUGACAAAUGAGCAAUCUCAGUCCACAUUUAAUGUCCUUUCUCACAGGAAGGACCAACCUUCAAUGUACGAACAGCUUCGUGACAUUUCCAUCGACAACAUUUGCAGGUGUCUGAUGGCAGGGUUAACUAUGGACCCAGUCAUAGUAGAGGCUUUUCUGGCAAGCCUGUCCAACCGUCUCUAUAUAUCCCAGGAAAAUGACAAAGAGGCCCAUCUGAUCCCGGACCACACCAUCAGGGCUCUGGGUCACAUUGCAGUGGCUCUGAGAGACACCCCCCGGGUCAUGGAGCCCAUCCUGCAGAUCCUGCAGCAGAAGUUCUGUCAGCCAACCUCCCCACUCGACGUUCUAAUCAUUGACCAAUUAGGCUGCAUGGUCAUAACAGGCAAUCAAUACAUCUACCAGGAAGUUUGGAAUCUUUUCCAGGAGAUCAGUGUGAAAGCCAGCUCAGUUGUGUACUCUGCCACCAAGGACCACAGAGAUCAUGGAUACAGACACUGCUCCCUUGCAGUGAUCAACGCCUUGGCCAAUAUCGCGGCCAACCUCCAGCAGGGUGAGCUGUUGGUUGAUGAACUGAUGGUUAAUCUCCUGGAGCUUUUUGUCCAGCUGGGUCUGGAGGGCAAGAGAGCCAGUGAGAGGGCCUCAGACAAAGGCCCUGCACUAAAGGCCUCCAGCAGUGCUGGAAAUCUUGGAGUCCUAAUUCCAGUCAUUGCUGUGCUUACCAGACGGCUGCCACCAAUUAUCGAAGCUAAACCCCGCCUUCAGAAGCUGUUCAGAGAUUUCUGGCUGUACUCUGUGGUCAUGGGCUUUGCCGUGGAGGGCUCGGGUCUGUGGCCAGAGGAGUGGUAUGAGGGAGUGUGUGAAAUUGCCACCAAGUCUCCCCUGCUGACCUUCCCUAGUGGUGAACCGCUUCGCUCAGAACUACAGUACAACUCUGCCCUGAAGAACGACACAGUAACACCAGCUGAGCUGAGUGAACUGCGAUCCACCAUUGUCAACCUGUUGGACCCAUCCACUGAAGGAGCCGCUCUCAUCAACAAACUAGACUUUGCCAUGUCCACAUACCUACUGUCUGUCUACCGCCUGGAAUACAUGAGGAUGUUGCGUUCUAAAGAUGCAGACAUAUUCCAGGUGAUGUUCCGGUACUUUGAGGACAAAGCCAUCCAGAAGGACAAAUCUGGUAUGAUGCAGUGUGUGAUCUGUGUUGGUGAUAAAAUCUUUGAUGUCUUCCUCCAAAUGAUGUCUGAGAAGCCCAAGACCAAAGAACACGAGGAGGAGUUGGAACGCCACGCCCAGUUCCUUUUGGUCAAUUUCAACCACACCCACAAGAGGAUUCGUAGAGUGGCCGAUAAAUACCUCUCUGGGCUGGCAGAAACAUUUCCCCAUCUGCUGUGGAGUGGGCGCGUGUUGAAGACCAUGCUGGACAUCCUACAGACACUCUCUCUCUCCCUUAGUGCUGACAUCCAUAAAGACCAGCCGUACUAUGACAUCCCCGACACCCCUCACAGAAUCACUGUCCCAGAUACCUAUGAGGCCAGAGAGAGCAUUGUGAAAGACUUUGCUGCUCGUUGCGGGGAGAUCCUCAAGGAGGCCAUGAAGUGGGCUUCUUCUGUCACCAAGUCCCACCUGCAGGAGUACCUCAACAAGCACCAGAACUGGGUGUCAGGUCUGUCCCAACACACUGGCCUGGCCAUGGCUACUGAGAGCAUACUGCACUUUGCUGGCUUCAACAGAGAGAGCACAACACUUGGGGCCAACCAACUGAGUGAGAGACCAGAGUGUGUGAAGAAGGACUACUCCAACUUCAUGGCCUCCCUCAACCUCAGGAAUCGCUACAGUGGAGAGGUAGCAGGUAUGAUCCAGUUCUCAGAGGAGACCCACACCCAGUCAGACCUAAGUAAACUGAUGGUGAGACAGAUGGCAGAUGCGCUUGAAUCCAAAAACGCUGAAUCUUUCACACAGGCCAUGUUCAAAAUGGCCGCCUUACUCAUCAGUAGCAAAGAGUGUAACCCCCAACUUCUACACCACCUAUGCUGGUCUCCCCUGAAGAUGUUCACUGCGCAUGGGAUGGAGACAGCCAUCGCCUGCUGGGAGUGGUUCCUCGCUGCACGCAGUGGACUGGAAGUCCCAUUCAUGCGUGAGAUGGCCGGGGCGUGGCAGAUGACCGUGGAGCUGAAGAUGGGCUUGUUCGGCGUAGCCAAGCUGGAAGCAGACCCGAUGGCUGCCUCAGAGGAGAGCCAGCCAAUCCCCUGUCCUCCCGACGUCACCCCACACUUUCUCUGGAUUGAGUUCCUGGUGCAGAGGUUUGAGAUUGCCAAGUACUGCAGCUCUGACCAGGUGGAGAUCUUCACCACUGUCCUGCAGAGGUCGCUUUCGCUCAGCGUCGGAGGGGCCAAGAGCAGUAUCAACCGCCAUGUAGCUGCCAUAGGACCCCGAUACAGGUUGUUGACUCUAGGUCUAAAUCUUUUACAUGCAGACGUAGUCAGUAAUGUCACCAUCAGAAAUGUCCUCAGAGAGAAGAUCUACUCUACGGCGUUUGACUACUUCAGUGUUGCUCCUAAGUUCCCCACCCAGACAAAUAAAAGACUCCGGGAGGAUAUCAGCAUCAUGAUUAAAUUCUACGCCAGCCUGCUCUCAGACAAGAAGUACAUUGCUGCCGUCCACCUAGUGCCCCAAGACCACCAGGACAUGUCAGUGAACAGUCUGUCUGUUGGCAUGGUGACAGAUACUCGGAGUGGUCUAGACGCGGUGGUAGGCCAGAGACAACAGGCUGCUCAGGGCUGGAUCAACACAUACCCACUGUCUUCUGGGAUGUCCACCAUAUCCAAAAAAUCAGGACUUUCAAAGAAGAGCAAUAGAGGAACUCAGCUGCACAAGUACUUUAUGAAGAGGAGGACCCUGCUUCUGGCCUUACUGGCUAGUGAGAUUGAGCGGUUGACUACGUGGUACAACCCUUUGUCCACCCCGGAGCUGGCAAUCGCAGCAGAGCAGUCUGUGGAGACCAGCAUCACCAAUUGGAGAUCCAAGUACAUCAGCCUGAGUGAGAAACAAUGGAAAGACAAUGUCAACCUGGCCUGGAGUAUAGCUCCAUAUCUGGCACUACAGCUGCCCGCAAGGUUCAAGAACGCAGAGGCCAUUGUGGCAGAGGUGACUCGUCUUGUGCGUCUGGACCCAGCCUCAGUGUGUGAUGUACCGGAAGCCGUGAAGUUCCUAGUGACGUGGCACACCAUUGAUGCAGACUCUCCUGAGCUGAGCCACAUCCUAUGUUGGGCACCGGCCGACCCUCCAACCGGCCUGUCCUACUUCUCCUCCCUGUACCCCCCCCACCCCCUCACUGCUCAGUACGGGGUCAAAGUACUGCGCUCCUUUCCACCGGAUGCCAUCUUGUUCUACAUUCCUCAAAUAGUUCAAGCCCUCCGUUAUGAUAAGAUGGGCUAUGUGAGAGAGUACAUCCUGUGGGCUGCCCAAAAGUCUCAGCUGCUCUGCCACCAGUUCAUCUGGAACAUGAAGACCAACAUCUACCUUGAUGAGGAGGGCCACCAGAAAGACCCUGACAUAGGGGAGCUACUUGAACAGAUGGUAGAGGAGAUCACUGGUGCUCUCUCUGGUCCGGCCAAAGAUUUCUACCAGCGAGAAUUUGAUUUCUUCAACAAGAUCACCAAUGUGUCUGCCAUCAUUAAGCCCAUUCCUAAAGGAGAUGAGAGAAAGCGAGCUUGUCUGCGUGCUCUGUCAGACAUCCAGGUCCAGCCAGGUUGCUACCUGCCCAGUAACCCAGAGGCUAUCGUCUUGGACAUUGACUACAAGUCUGGGACGCCCAUGCAGAGUGCUGCCAAAGCCCCUUACCUGGCUAAGUUCAAAGUCAAGAGGUGUGGAGUCAGUGAGCUGGAGAAAGAAGGUCUCCAGUGCAGAUCUGACUCUCUAGACGAGGCUGAAAGUAAGGAGGAGGCCCAGAGGAUCUGCUGGCAGGCGGCUAUCUUUAAAGUGGGCGACGACUGCAGACAGGACAUGCUGGCUCUGCAGAUCAUCGGUCUGUUUAAGAAUAUCUUCCAGCUCGUAGGACUGGAUCUGUUUGUGUUCCCAUACAGAGUGGUAGCUACCGCCCCAGGGUGUGGCGUGAUCGAGUGUAUUCCAGACUGCAAGUCCCGUGACCAGCUGGGCAGACAGACAGACUUUGGAAUGUACGACUACUUCCGGAACCAGUACGGGGAUGAGUCCACUCUGGCCUUCCAGAAAGCACGAUAUAACUUUAUCCGCAGUAUGGCUGCCUACAGUCUUUUGCUCUUCCUGCUCCAGCUCAAAGACAGGCACAAUGGCAACAUCAUGCUGGACAGCCAAGGACACCUCAUUCACAUUGACUUUGGCUUCAUGUUUGAGAGUUCUCCGGGCGGUAACCUGGGCUGGGAGCCGGACAUUAAGCUGACCGAUGAGAUGGUGAUGAUCAUGGGUGGAAAGAUGGAGGCCACACCAUUCAAGUGGUUCAUGGAGAUGUGUGUGAGGGGAUAUCUGGCAGUCAGGCCCUACAUGGAUGCUGUUGUUUCCUUGGUCACUCUAAUGUUGGACACUGGCCUGCCCUGCUUCAGAGGACAGACUAUCAAACUGCUGAAGCAGAGGUUCAACCCAAGUGUGAGUGAAAAAGAGGCUGCUACAUUCAUCAUUAAAAUCAUCCAGAGCUGCUUCCUCAGCAGCAGGAGCAAAACCUACGAUAUGCUUCAGUACUACCAGAACCAGAUCCCUUACUAAUUGUGUGCCUAUGUGUGUGAGUGUUUGGAGUGUUGUAUUUUUUGUGUCAGUCGCUAGAUGUUGGUGACUGUGUGUGCUUUGUUGUUCUAGGUCGCUAGAUGUUAGCGAUUGUGUGUGUCUGUGUGUCUUGCCAGUCUUUCAGCCAAUCCUAGGCCCCUUCUUCUUUCUCCAAAACGCUUUUCAUCUCCUCGUUUUGUCUUUUGUUGCUGAAAUCAAAACUGUUCAACUGGCAUUUUUACUUCCCUUGAAGAUAACCGUUUACUGUAAUCAUUUGCAUGUUUAGAGAAUGACAAUUUUAACCAUGUUUGUGCCAAUUUUCAAAGAUGUUUAGUUUUUGUUUCACUUUCAAUAUUCGUGAUUUUUCUCUCGAUUUGACAAUAUGUAUGUUCAAUGAUAAUUGUACACUUAAUAUAAUUGUUCUUGGUUCUGACCAAUGUGGCCUAUUCUUUUAUCUUAGACUUGGCUGUGCUAAUGUGCUUCUUGUUUAAUGGACCAAUCAGAGUUUUGGGGAUUUGUACUGGACUGCUUGUUUGAUGAAACAGUAAAAGUUAAUAUGGACACGGGCAGCUAAACAUUAAUAGUAUUUACUGUAUAAGGGUUUUCUAUUUCUUGAGUUUCCAAACUGGAGGUAUGUACACACAUUUGCCUUCUUUAUAUGAACAUGGCAAGGUAUGGGUGCAAAGUGACACAAAAUUUUAAUGGAAAUGUGCCACUGUGUGUGCUGCCCUGCAAGGCUUAAUGCAUGGCACAGCUACACUGAAGUAUGUAAUGGAUUGUGAAUAUUUCAAAUAUUCUUCUGUUUCUAAAGUAAUGGCGAGCAAAGCACCUUGUGCCAAUAGUGUGAAAGCUUUGUCCAUGCAGUUUAUGUCUUGAGGGUAGGGGCCAGCAUUUAUUUAAUAUUACUGAUUGUAAAGAUUCUGCUUCUCUUUGUACUUUAUAUUUAUAUCCAUGAUCCAUUGUCUGUCUCUUUUUCUAUGUUCAUGUCUCUUAGAUUUAAAUGUCUUGGAUAGAAAAUCAAGUAAAAAUAUAUUAAAUGAAACUACUUGUCGUUCACGUUAAUAUUACACAAUUAUUAGGGUUCAGUGCCUUGCUCAUGGGAACUUCAAUAAACUGUUCAGUGUUGGCUUGGGGACUCAAACCAGUAACCUGAGGUCAUUGGCCUGCCACACAAGGUUGUCAGCCGCACAAGGUCUCUUGCCAGUUUGAUACUUGUUGUUACAUUUAUUCUACAGCAGGUGGCAGCACAUGUCACAACAUACAAAGGGAGGGUAUACUUUUCUAAUGAGGGUCACAUAGGACUUAGAAAUUCAAGGGCUGCAAAUCAUUUUAUUAUCCUGGCAAAAUGCGUAACAGACAAUUAUUUUGUUUUA